UGUGGAGUGUUCAUGAAGACAGGUUUUUUGAUGGAGGCCGUUGUUGGGUGGUGAGUGGAGUUGAGUGGAGUGUUCAUUAAAGGGAACGUGAAAUUGAAGUGCUCGAUGACAACGACAUACCCCAAACCCUCGGAGAUUCUGUGGAAGAAGGAGCUCUGCAACUCUGUCAGCCUCAUCGGUGUGGUGGCCGCGGCUGUCGAACUCAAACACCUCCCCUCCGGCAAGGUGGUGGCGUGGACCCGCCUCUCCGGCAAGAAGAACGCCACGCAAGCGUCCUCCAUAAGCCUCACUUUCUGGGACGAAGAAGAUUAAGGGAUAGGAGUUGAAUCCAGUAAGGAAGAUGCACUUCAGAGGAGCAAGGAUUUUCGCUGCUGUCAUGGAGGAUUUACUAGCAAAAGGAAUGAAAAAUGCUCAAAAUCUGGAGGAUUAACUUCAGUACUACAUUAUGAUCGAUUCCGAGCUUUAUUACCUACAGGGGCUAGAGUGAAAUGCCUCUCAGAUGCUGGUUACUUUAUCAACGCUCACUGUCAACUAGUAUUGAAGGGGGAACCAAAUGGCUGGUCAACAAAUUAAAAGGGAAGAUGCAAAAGCCAUUAACGGAGUUGCUAAAGGAAUUCGAUCUACCCAUAGGAAUAUUUCCUCGUGACGCCACAAACUAUGAAUUUAAUGAAGAAACAGGGAAGCUUGUUGUGUCCAUUGUGAAAUGGGGAAAAUGCUUGACAAGAAAGAAGUUAGGCUUUCUAAGGAACCAUCUUUAUGUAAUGAAACAAUUACUAUUGUUGUUCGAAUGCUAGAUGGUUAUCGUCUUAAACAUCGCAUUCUCAAAUAGAUAGUGAGGAUUGUAUGUUUGGUGGAUAUUAUGUGUAGUUUUAAAAAAUUAAAAAAUUUAAUUACUUAAUUUUCAUGUUA